GCGCGUCCCGGCGCCGCCUGGGGCUGCGCUCGGCGCGCAGACAGUGAGGAGGCGAGCGAGGCUGGCGCGGGGUCGGCGGCCAGACGCAUGGCUUAGGACGCCCCGCCGCCGCGCCCCAGCAUGGGGAAACUUCACUCGAAGCCGGCCGCCGUGUGCAAGCGCAGGGAGAGCCCGGAAGGUGACAGCUUUGCUGUGAGUGCUGCUUGGGCAAGGAAAGGCAUCGAGGAGUGGAUCGGGAGGCAGCGCUGUCCAGGCAGCGUCUCAGGAUCCCGUCAGCUGAGAUUGGCAGGCACUGUUGGUCGAGGCACCCGGGAGCUCGUGGGUGACACUUCUAGAGAGGCACUCGGUGAGGAAGAUGAGGAAGACUUCCAGCUAGAAGUGGCCCUACCACCUGAGAAGACUGACAGCCUGGGCAGUGGAGAUGAGAAGAGAAUGGAGAAAGUGAGUGAACCCAGCCCCAGCUCCAAGAAGCCGCUUAAGUUUGAAGAGCUGCAGUGCGACGUUUCUGUGGAGGAGGACAGCCGACAAGAGUGGACUUUCACGCUGUAUGACUUCGACAACAAUGGCAAAGUCACCCGCGAGGACAUCACCAGUUUGCUGCACACCAUUUAUGAGGUGGUUGACUCCUCUGUGAACCAUUCCCCGACAUCAAGCAAGACACUGCGAGUGAAACUCACUGUGGCCCCUGAUGGGAGCCAGAGCAAGAGGAGUGUCCUUUUCAACCAUACUGAUCUGCAGAGCACGAGGCCCCGGGCAGACACCAAGCCUGCUGAGGAGCUGCGUGGCUGGGAGAAGAAGCAGCGAGCCCCUCUCAGGUUCCAGGGUGACAGCCACCCGGAGCAGCCGGGCUGCUACCACCAUUGUGUGGAUGAGAACAUCGAGAGGAGAAACCACUACCUAGACCUGGCAGGAAUAGAGAACUACACGUCUCAGUUCGGACCCGGCUCCCCUUCGGUGGCCCAGAAGUCAGAGCUGCCCCCUCGAAUCUCCAACCCCACUCGCUCUCGCUCCCAUGAGCCAGAAGCCACCCACAUCCCACACCGGAGGCCCCAAGGUGUGGAUCCAGGCUCCUUCCACCUCCUUGACACCCCAUUUGCCAAGGCAUCGGAGCUCCAGCAACGGCUCCGGGGUACUCAGGAUGGGAGCAAGCACUUUGUGAGGUCCCCCAAGGCCCAGGGCAAGAACAUGGGUAUGGGCCACAUGGCCAGAGGCGCAAGAAGCAAGCCCCCCCUGGUGCCCGCCACCCAUACCGUGUCCCCCUCUGCCCACUUGGCCACCAGCCCAGCCCUCCUCCCCACCCUGGCACCCCUGGGGCACAAGAAGCACAAGCAUCGAGCCAAGGAGAGCCAGACAGGCUGCCGGGGCCUGCAGGCCCCACUGGCUGCGGGAGGCUCCACCGUCGUGGGGCGGGAGCAGGUGAGGGAGCUUCCUGCCAUGGUGGUGUACGAGAGCCAGGCUGGGCAGGCCGUCCAGAGACACGAGCACCACCACCAUCAUGAACAUCACCACCAUUACCACCACUUCUACCAGCCCUAAGCCCCACCAGGCCGCCACAGGAAGGACCCACCCCCACGCCCCGAGGCAUUACUAUUCUAUUAAUUAUUGUUAUUAUGGCAAUUAUUGUUAUUAAUAAUUAUUGUUACUCCACUAAUAUCUAGCUAGCCUUCAUGUAGAAGAUAUAUGGAAACACAGAACUAAACUCUUAUUUAUAAGUUGUGGGGAUUACGUAACUCACCCAAGAAGUGACCCUGGGUCUGAAAGGAUCCUUGGGCCCCCCUGGCUGCAGGGCCCACGCAGAUCUUCCCAAACCACAGGAGCCCUCGGCCCAACUGCCCCACCCCAGCUCUUCCAGGAGAGCACCCUUACCUGGUUCAGCUUCAGAGACCCUCAAGAGCUCCAGAGGACAACAGCUGCUACCUCUCAGCGUUAUUCUGGUUUGACUUCACCCUUAGUCGAUUGUAACAUGCCACAGGGGAUUUCAGCGGACUGCCAUCGCACCCUCCCUGCCCUUGUGUUUUCACGCCUCAACCUAGACACACCUUAUCUGUGUUUCCUGGAGUCACUGCCUCACCUUUCCAAAGGGAACAUGCCCUUGGCCCAAGCCAGCCCUGUUCUUUCUUUCUUUUUUUUUUUUUUGCAAUGCACAGUGUGGAAGCACCCCACUAUUCCUGUGCCCCCCUCUUUGAUUUUGAAGGAAGCACCUGUGUUUAAGGAUUGUCCUUGGAGCCAGCCUUCUCAUUUUAGAAACUACUACAGAGAGAAGCAACCACAUAAAGAAGUAUGGUUUCCCAAGACGGCACCAUUGUACGACGGAGGGUGUGAAACCUGAGUUUGCCAUCAGCCAAUACACUUUGUGGCUCUCUA